AUGUCCUGGGUUCCGGGGGCCGCCACCACCCGUUCACGCCCCGGCUCCCCGGCGCCGCCCGGCGUUACCUUGCCGCUGCUCGCAGUCCGGCCCUCGGUCCUCCCUGCGACCGUCUGUCAGUCCCGGCAGCUUCGGAGGACGGAGGGUUGCCGGCUCCGUAAGGAGACGGCUUCUCUGGUUGAAGGGUCUUCGACCAGAAAAACUGUCACCCUGGGGGACGCCCCGGGGACGGGUGGUGACCGGGAGGUCCUGGUCACUUCUGGCUGCCUGGCAACGGGCACUCGUGUGUCCGGCCAGACCAGCCCCACUUGGGACGACUGUCAGCAGCUUCUCCAGACUCUCUUUACUACAGAAGAACGGGAGCGGAUUCUUUUGGAGGCCCGAAAGAACGCUCCCGGCCCCGACGGCCGGCCGACCCAACUCCCCCAUCUGGUAGAUGCGGCCUUUCCUUUGGCCAGGCCGGACUGGGACUUCAACACGGCAGAAGGUCGGGGCUCGGACCCCCUCCCCGAGCCUAGGGUAACUCUUAAGGUGGAGGGGAAGCCUGUCAACUUCCUAGUGGACACAGGAGCCCAGUAUUCAGUUCUUAAGAAACCGCUAGGGCCGGUCUCCCAGAAGACCUCCUGGGUAAUAGGGGCAACGGGGAAUGAACAAUACUCAUGGACUACCCGAAGAACAGUAGACUUAGGAGCGGGACGGGUAACCCACUCGUUCCUGGUCAUCCCCGAGUGCCCUGCACCUCUGCUUGGGAGGGAUCUGCUAACCAAAAUGGGGGCCCAGAUCACUUUCACCCCACGGGGGCCGACCCUGACCCAGCAUGGGGAACCAAUUACCCUCUUGACACUUCAACUCGAAGAUGAGCACCGGCUGUUUGAGGACAGAAUUCAACAGAGUGAGGGGUUAGCGGAGUGGCUACAUAAAUACCCUAAGGCCUGGGCUGAGACUGCGGGGAUGGGCCUGGCUGUCGAACGGCCCCCCGUAAUAAUAGAAAUCAAGUCCUCUGCAACCCCGAUUGCAGUGCGACAGUAUCCCAUGGCGAAAGAGGCCUGGAGGGGGAUCAAGGUCCAUAUCCAACGCCUCUUGCACCUAGGGGUUUUGGUCAAAUGCCACUCCCCGUGGAACACCCCACUCCUUCCAGUAAAGAAACCUGGAACUAAUGACUACCGACCAGUGCAGGACUUAAGAGAGGUCAACAAGAGGGUGCAAGACAUUCAUCCCACGGUUCCCAAUCCUUACAAUCUCCUAAGUUCCAUCCCUCCGUCUCACGUGUGGUAUUCAGUUUUAGACCUAAAGGAUGCCUUCUUCUGCCUACGGUUACAUCCCGCCAGUCAAAACAUCUUCGCCUUUGAAUGGAGAGACCCAGACUCAGGGAUAACGGGGCAGCUGACCUGGACCCGGCUUCCCCAAGGAUUUAAGAAUUCUCCCACCAUCUUCGAUGAGGCCCUUCACCAAGACCUGGCUGCCUUCCGCGCUGACCACCCGCACGUCACUCUUCUCCAGUACGUAGAUGACCUCCUCCUCGCAGGAGCCACUAAAGAGGACUGUGAAGCAGGUACCGGGGCUUUGCUCUUAGAACUCUCUCGCCUAGGAUACCGGGUCUCGGCCAAGAAAGCACAGAUAUGUCAGCGGAGGGUAACAUAUUUGGGAUAUGCCCUAGAGGAGGGGAAGAGAUGGCUCACUGAGGCCCGGAAGAGCACGGUUACCCAGAUUCCCAGGCCACAGACCCCCCGACAGGUCCGCGAGUUCUUGGGAACAGCUGGAUUCUGCCGCCUCUGGAUUCCGGGUUUUGCAACCCUGGCAGAGCCCCUCUACCCGCUGACAAAACAAGGGAAUCCCUUCGAAUGGGGAGAGACUCAUCAAAAGGCCUUUGACAACAUCAAAAAGGCCCUCCUCUCUGCUCCGGCAUUGGCCUUACCAGAUGUGGCCAAGCCUUUUACUCUGUUCAUAGACGAGAGGAAGGGGAUAGCCAGGGGGGUCCUAACUCAGACUUUAGGCCCAUGGAAAAGGCCAGUGGCCUACUUAUCCAAGAGGUUAGACCCCGUGGCUAGAGGGUGGCCAGGCUGUUUGAGAGCAAUCGCAGCCACUGCCCUGCUCGUGAAGGAUGCAGACAAGCUUACUUUGGGGCAGAAACUGACUGUAGUGGCCCCACAUACCCUCGAGAGCAUUAUCCGGCAACCGCCGGACCGGUGGAUGUCCAAUGCUCGGAUGACCCACUACCAGAGUCUCCUGCUAAACGAAGAUCGGGUCCAUUUCGGGGCCCCGGUGGCCCUCAAUCCGGCAACCCUAUUGCCGGAAGUAGAUCCUGAGGGGAAAGAAGUUCUACACUCGUGUCGCGACAUCCUAGCAGAAGAGACAGGGCCAAGGAAAGACCUUAAGGACUCUCCCCUGUCGGGACCUCAGCUCACCUGGUUCACAGAUGGCAGCAGCUACCUCUAUGAAGGUAAGAGGGUAGCAGGUGCAGCUGUAGUUGAUCGGGACCGGACUAUUUGGGCUAGUAGCCUGCCCGAAAGGACUUCAGCCCAGAAGGCUGAAUUAAUCGCAUUAACCCAGGCCCUCAGACUUGCAGAAGGCAGCCGAGCUAAUAUUUACACUGACAGCCGUUAUGCCUUUGCCACUGCUCAUGUGCACGGGGCCAUAUACCGUCAGAGAGGUCUCCUCACUUCAGCAGGAAAAGAAAUUAAGAAUAAACAAGAGAUUCUUGACCUCCUAGAGGCUGUCCAUGCCCCACGGGAAGUAGCUAUCAUCCACUGUCCCGGCCAUCAAAAAGGGACCUCAGAGAUAGCCGUGGGAAACAGGAAAGCGGAUACUGAGGCGAGACAAGCCGCUCUUGGGCCCCGGCUACUUACGCUUGCUGUCGGUCCCGUGGUAUCCCAGCCAGAGGCCCUCCUCUACACCCCAGAGGAAGAGGAAGACCUGUUUAAAAGGCCAGAAAAAUACCACAAGGACGAACUCGGGGUUUGGAGGACCACGGGGGACAAGAUGGUAGUGCCAAGGGAAGCGGCCACCGCCUACCUCCAACAGCUACAUCGCCUCACUCACCUGGGGGCCAAACACCUCAGCUCCACCAGCCGGGCCACUGGACAUUAUGUCAAAGGACUCGAUCGCCUCUCAGAGGAAGUAGUCAGACAAUGCAAGGCAUGCCAGCUAGUAAACAUACACCCAUCCCAGGUCGGGACGGGACAGAGACUGAGGGGAGAUCGGCCAGGAAGUUACUGGGAGGUAGAUUUCACAGAGGUGAAACCUGCCCGCUACGGUUAUAAAUAUCUUUUAGUCUUUGUAGAUACUUUCUCAGGUUGGGUAGAAGCCUUUCCAGCCAAGAGGGAGACUGCAACCGUGGUCGCCAAGAAGAUCUUGGAAGAUAUCUUCCCUCGGUUUGGAGUUCCAAAGGUAAUCGGAUCAGACAACGGUCCGGCCUUCGUUGCCCAGGUAAGUCAGGGAAUGGCCAAGAUACUGGGGGCGGAUUGGAAAUUACAUUGUGCUUACAGGCCCCAGAGUUCAGGUCAGGUAGAAAGGAUGAACAGAACGUUAAAAGAGGCUAUGACUAAAUUGUCCUUAGAGACUGGCGUGGCAGACUGGACGGUCCUCCUUCCCUUUGCCCUUUUCCGCGCGCGAAAUACUCCAGGUCCCUUAGGAGUAACUCCGUUCGAGAUUCUGUUUGGGGCCCCUCCGCCCCUGUCCGCUGACCCAUGGUCUGUGCCCACAGACACUCAUACCCCUCAAUCCCUGCUUGCCAGGCUGAAGGCUCUCGAGACUGUCCAAAAGGAGGUGUGGACCCCCCUGGCUGCCCUCUACCAACCAGGAGAACUACAGAUUCCCCACCAGUUCCAGGUUGGGGACUUCGUCUACAUCAGACGCCAUCGAGCUGCCAACCUCGAGCCGAGGUGGAAGGGACCCCACCUGGUAUUGCUGACAACCCCGACAGCGGUCAAGGUAGACGGCGUAGCUGCUUGGAUCCACGCCUCCCACGUCAAGCGAGCACCCCCUUCAGAUGACACCUACCAUGGAUGGGCUGCAGAGAAGACAGACAACCCUCUCAAGCUACGGAUUCGCCGCUGCCCUCCUCCUGCUGAGCCUGCCGCUGAUAAGUAGCAACCCCCAUGCCCCAAAAAGACUAACUUGGAGGGUAAUGUCCCCCCACACUGGACAGACUGCUUGGUCAACCACCAGCGUAGCCCCGCCAGGGACCUGGUGGCCGGAUCUAACACCAGAUCUCUGUGCCAUGGCUGCAG